AUGGUGUUCAAUAAGUUAGUUUCAUUCCAAUUGGACUAUGCUCCUCAGUAUCAGAUCACAAAGUACAUUUCAGAAAGAACAAAAUUACAACUGGUUCAUGUAAAUCAUAAAUCAUCACCUUUAGUGCAAGGAUAUUUUGCUGUUGCCACCGAGUGUCCCACUGAUUCAGGAACUCCUCACACUUUGGAACAUCUUAUCUUUAUGGGUUCUCAGAAGCAUCAUUAUAAGGGUCUCUUAGAUACGGCCGGUAAUCUAUGUAUGUCAUCAACUAAUGCCUGGACUGCCACGGAUCAGACAGUUUACACCCUGACGACGGCUGGAUGGAAAGGUUUCCAAAAAUUGUUACCUGCCUAUUUAGACCAUAUUUUGAAUCCAACUUUGACAGAUGCAGCUUGUAUGACCGAAGUUUAUCACAUUGAUCCAGAAGAUUUGACAGAUAAGGGUGUGGUUUAUAGUGAAAUGGAAGCCAUUGAAUCACAAAGUUGGUUUGUAACGAUGUUAGAGAAGCAAAGGUUACUAUUUCCCCAAGGAUCUGGCUAUAGAUCUGAAACUGGGGGCUUAACCAAUAAUUUAAGGAAGCUCACAAACGAGGAAAUCAAGAGCUUCCACAAAAGUCAAUAUUCUUCCCAUAAUUUAUGUAUUAUUGUGUGUGGUAAUGUGCCAGAAGAUGAAUUACUCGCAACUGUACAGGAAUUUGAUGACUCAAUAAAAGAAAUGAAAACUACCAGACAAAGACCAUUUGUUGACACAAAGGAAUCUCAGAUUCCAAAAUCAAGAAAUGAAAUCGUCGAAUCCACCGUUGAAUUCCCAGAAUUAGAUGAAUCGCAAGGUGAAAUACUAUUUUCUUGGAUUGGUGAAUCAUAUAUGGAUCAUAAGAAUGAUUUGGCAGUGUCAAUGCUACUUGAUUACUUUACAGAAACUGCUCUUGCGCCAUUUGUAAAGCAGUUGGUUGAAAUUGACGAUCCUAUGGCUAACUCAGUGGAUUAUUGGACAGAUGAUUUCAUGCGAACGAUUGUUAACUUAGGAAUUCACGGUGUUCCAACUGAAAAAUUGGAUCAAACCAAGGCAAAGGCACUUGAAAUUUUAAAAACUCACAGGAUGGAUUUAACUAGAAUGAAGCAAGUUAUCGAUAACAGCAAGUGGGAGUACGUUUUGAGAUGUGAAAAGAAUGGUGAUAGUACUUUAUCACAAGCUGCUAUUACGGAUUUCAUCUAUGGUAAAGAAGAUGGCUCGUCAUUAGUCUCAUCCAUUAAAACUUUAAAUGAUUUCGAUGAUAUAAUGGCUUGGAACAUCGAACAAUGGAAUGAGCUCUUAUCUAAAAUUCUUAUUGAGAAUAAACCAGUUAUUGUACUCGGAAAACCAAGUUCCUCAUUAUAUGAAAAUUUAGACGAGGAAAAGGCAAAAUUAAUUAAAAAGAGAAAAGAAGAAUUCACUGCCGACACUAAGGCAGAAUUAUUAGAGGCGUUAUCUAAGGCAAAGAUUCAUAACGAUAAGCCUAUCCCAACAGAAUUGCUUGCUAAAUUCGAAAUUGAGGAUCCAUCAAAAAGUGUUGAAUUUAUAAAAACUGAGAACGUUUGUCUAACCUCUCUUGUAGAAAAUACCUCUAUUAGUGCCUUGAACAAGAAACUUAUCGAAGCCAAACCUACAAAUUUUCCUUUCUCUCUUCACCUGGAACAUUUUCCAUCUCAAUUUAUAGAAUUACACUGUCUUUUAAAUUCUACUCAAAUUAAGGAUACCACUUUAUUACCAUACUACCAUAUACUUGAUGAAUUAUUUUCUAUGCCAAUGAAGGAUGAAAAUACAGGGGAAGUUAUUUCAUAUGAAGAUGUGGUAUCACAAUUAAAGUCAGAAACUGUGGAUUCACAAAUCAGUCUUGGUUUGCAGGGUCAAGCUCCCGAUUUGAUUGAUAUUAGAAUUAGAUGUAAAUCAGAUAACUACUCUCAAGCUGUUAAAUGGAUUGAGCACUGCUUAUUCGAUAUGAUAUUCGAUGAGAAGCGUGUUUCUGUUUUGUUAGAAAACUACCUUAAUUCCAUAGUUGAAUUGAAAAGAGAAGGUGAUAUUAUGUUGGAAUCAAUAACAAGCAGGAAUUUAUAUACCGAAAGAAGUGUUAAAAAGUCAGUGGAUCCUUUAUUUGUUGAAAAGCUAUGUGAAGAUAUUUUAGAUGAUAUUGAAGACGGAAAAUUCAAAUCGAAGAUUUUACCAAGAUUGGAGACUAUGAGAGACCAACUAAAAGAAAGCUUUACUAGGCUACAAUUUUUGGUGUUGGGUGAUAUACACAAGAUCAGUAGUAAUUUCUAUAAGCCUUGGGAGGGUUUUAUUACACGUUACGCUAAUGUCAUUCCAGCUGGAUAUCAGGUGAAGGCAGUUCCUCCAAUUCCAAGGCCUUUACUUGCAGUUUCAAAUUUGUGCAAGUCACCAGCUUCAAAAGCCUUUAUUAUCACGACACCUGCCUCAGAGUCCUCUUAUAUGAAUGUUCUUACUCCUGUCAAGUUUGAUUUGAAUUACGAUCAUCCAGAUUAUGCAGCAGUCUCUUUGGCAUCAGAAUAUUUGCAAUGUGUGGAAGGUCCAUUCUGGAAAGGUAUUCGUGGCCAAGGUUUUGCCUAUGGCGCUAACAUGCGCAGAUUAACAGAGAUCAAUUCUUGGGGUUUUAAUAUUUACAGGGGGGCUGACAUUAUCAAGUGUUAUCAAACAGCCAGGGAAAUUGUUAAAAGCUACUCGGAUGGAACUGUGAAAUUCGACCAACAGUUGAUAGCGGGUGCCGUUAGCAGUAUUAUCAACCGAAUUGCUACUAUUGAAAAUGGUUACUUUGCAUCUGGUAUUUCAAAUUUUGUUGAUGACAUUUUACUACAAAGAGGCAGGAAUUUCAAUGAGAAGUUUUUGAAAAGUUUGGAUGAGGUUACUGCUGACGAUUUAAGAAAUGCAAUUCAAAAAUACCUAGUCAACCUGUUUGUUCCAGAGAGGAGUGUGGUUUUCAUAAGUUGUCACCCAAGUAGGCUAGAAUCGACAAAAGAAUUUUUGGAAAGUGAGGACUUCGAAGUUGAAGUGGAAGAAUUAGAAGAUGACGAGGAAGACCAAUCUGAUAACGAAUCUGAAAAUCAAUCUUCAUGA